UCCAUUCAAGCCAGCAAGUUUGGAGAGCGUGUUGAGUUUAAUCAAUUCAUAACGUCGAGAUGGAGCCGAACUCACUGAAGUGGGUGGGCUCGUCUUGCGGUUUACAUGGACCAUAUAUAUUCUAUAAAGCCUUUAAAUGUACCCGGGAUGGCAAAGCGAGAAUCCUCGCUCUCGGAGACUUUUUCUUCGUCAGAUGCAAACCCGAGGAUCCUAUAUGCAUAGCGGAGCUCCAGCUUCUCUGGGAGGAAAGGACAAGCAAGCAACUUUUAUCCAGCUCCAAACUUUAUUUCCUACCCGAGGAUACUCCCCAGGGACGAUCCGUCGCUCACGGAGAGCACGAGGUCAUCGCCGUGUCCGAGAAGGUGAUCGUGCGACUCCAGGACCUGGUGAAGUGGACGGUACCGGACUUCUCGGGAUGGGCCAACGGUCUGAAGGUGGAGCCGCUCAAACCCUCGGUGCUCCGCGAGCUGGGGACCAACGGGCGGCGCGAGGCCCUCCACCGCUACAGGGAGAGCACGCUGACCAGCGGCCUCAACUUCAAGGAUGUCCAGAGGGAGCGGGCGCAGCUAGGCCAAGAAGAGGAUGGACGGAAAGUGUUAGUCCUCAGUUACUCCCAGUACUGUCGCUACCGCUCCGUUCUGGCUCGGCUCAGAGAGCAGCCGUCCUCGCUGUUCAUCGAUCACACGGUGCUGGCGCUGGGCGGUAUUCCUGCGCUGGGCGGCAGCACGAGAAUCCUGUACUGCCGCGACACCUUCGAACACCCCACCCUGCUUCAGAAUGAGAGCAUCUGCGACGAGUUUGCUCCGAACCUGAAGGGGCGACCUCGAAAGAAGAAGCUUUCCAUCUCUCAGAGGAGGGACACCCAGGGUCAAGCUCCAGGUCAGGGCUCGUCGGGGUCGACCCAGGGUUCUGCAGCUGUGGCGGCUCCGGACCCCUUGAGCCCAGAGAGCAAAACUGCAACCAAGGUCAAGCCCGGCUGUAAAACGGUACCCAAUGGGAAACUAACCACGCCGGGCAAACAAAGGCCCGCCGGGCUCAGUAAGAAGUCCUCACCUGAGGAGAAGGAGAGAGGAAAGGAGAAGGACAAGGAGGAGAGGAGUGAGAAAAAGGAAGAGAGGAAAGAUGAGGAUACUUCAGAGGAGAGCCGCGCGGAGGAGCAGGCUUUCUUGGUAGAGCUCUACAAGUACAUGAAAGAACGAGACACGCCCAUAGAGAGGAUCCCCUUCCUCGGCUUCAAACAGAUCAACCUUUGGACUAUGUUUCAAGCUGCUCAGAAACUUGGAGGAUAUGAGUUGAUCACGGUGCGCAGGCAGUGGAAGCACGUAUACGACGAGUUAGGCGGAAACCCCAGCAGCACAAGCGCCGCCACGUGUACGCGGCGACACUACGAAAGGCUCCUCCUUCCUUACGAGAGGCACCUCAAAGGCGAACAGGACAAGCCCCUUCCGUUGGCCAAACCCAGGAAGCAGGAGGGCAGCCAAGAAAAGGCGUCUGGAGCCAGCGUCAAAGUGAAAGUAGUAGGGGCCAAGAAACUGAAAGGCCCCAACCAUCCGAAGCUGGGCAGUAAGAAGGAUAGAGGAGAGGUGAAACAAGAACUAACACAGGAGUCAAAGGUGAAAGAAGACGACCAUGAGAUCUCAACAGCCAUAAAAAUCGACGCCGCUCUUCACGACGAACCGAUUGUAAUAGAGGAGGAAGAGUUGCAUGUCACCCUGAAGAAGGAGGAAUCGUUGGCCGUGGAGCAGCCGUCCUCGCUCUGCCUCAAAGAAUCUGACUGCAGACCGCCCCACGGUGGUUUCUCCCUCCACACGGGGCCUUCCGCCCAACCAGAGUGGAGGCAGAUCAGCGAGGCGCUCCAAGCGAAGCUCGCAGGCGAACAGCAAACUGAAGGGCAUUUCAUUCCAAAAACCUCUUACCUGCUUCCCCGCUGGGAUCAGACUAAAGCUGCUGGACAUGUGGCUCUGCCUGAGCACUUCUCCAAGGUCAAAGACUGCAUUGAGAAUCAUGGCGGGAGAGUGGGGAAAGUGUUGCCUAUGUGCAAGCAGGUGGAUGGACAGUGUAUAGAUUUGAGCACAGAUUCUUACUCGGAAAAGGACGACUACGGGGCGAUUAAGAAGGAGUCGACCCAGACAGCCAUCUACUGCAAAGCCAACCAGGGGGUCAUGUCUCCGUUGGCUAAAAAGAAGCUCCUGUCCCAGGUGUGCGAGUCCAACCCCUACUCCUUUUCCUCUCUUCAGUCUCCACCUCCCGCAGCUGUGUCCUCUCUCCAUCGAGGUGAUCGAGAGAAGGAGAAAAGAAAGAGUGAAGAAGAGUUGCUGGGACAAAGGUACCAGGGUGCGUCCGACAACAUCCCUGAGGUCUCGCCCAUAUUCAGGCCGUCGGUGAUCCAGCACGCACAAAGCAGCAAGGCUCACCAACACACUGGCGGAGGGCAAUCGGAGAGGAUCGCUGCGGCGGAGCUGUCGGACUCUUACAGCCGGACGGGCCAUCAUAUUCAGCCGCAGGCGAGCGUGCCCUGGCAACCGUACCUUACCAGAACCCAAACCCAGGACUGUGCGGAGACCGCCGGGGAGAAAAUCCUCCAAGGUCCAGUCACCCAGUGCAGGAGCUAUACGGGGGACUGCUACUCAUCCCCUCACCUUCACAGCUUGUACAGACAGACUGAGAGCUGCCUGAGCCAAGAGAGAAUGGCUGGCUUUCCUGGCGGAGAGCGGAGAGAGCACUACAGCAGGGAGCGCGAGGGCGGCCAAAGCUUUGUCUGUGCCGGUCUGGAGCAGGAAGGGUUGGUGUACAGAUCUCACUACGGUGACAGGACUCAGACGCAAGGAGAGAACGGAGAGGCUGAAGACGAGCCCAGAGACUUUUCUAUUUCUAAACCUCUAUCUCAAAGGGUUUCCUCCUUUUCCAAGCCCUCUUUCUGUAGUCUCUCCUAUCCCAUCAUGCAUCACGGUUUGGAUUCCCAUCCUAAGGCGUGCAGAGUCUCGCCUAUGACAAUCUCUACCCCCAAACAAAGCUCACCAGAUACUUCUCAGUCGUUUCCCAGCCCCAAAACCUCAGCCGAACUGUCCCUCAACAGUCCCAUUCGGCCCAGUAAGCGGAGCCUGGCCGAGGCGGACAGCGAAGACGCCCCGGAGAGGAAGGUGCGAGUGGUGACCCCUAUUCACCCAGCCAGCACAGUCCGACGGAGCGACCCUGAGGAGCUGAAACCUGCUGAGCCAGCCCACGCCAUUCACCUCAACAAUCAUCUCCCCGAGGGCCAUUCUAUAACCGCCUACCCCCCGCCCCACACCGCGCCCCUCUAUGCUGGCAUUUAUCCACACGGCACGCUAGUGUCACCAGGUGCCCAGGAUGGGCUCCAGCAGCACCCGGGCCUGCAGUACCUGAAAAGCCAGUCGGCCGUGUCCCCGCUAAUGCCCCCCUUCACCAUCCACUCCAUGAUGCUCCACAGGCAGCUGCUAGCCUCCACCCCCAGCCCCCACCACCUCUACAGGUACCCGGGCGGGGCGGCACUGUACGGAGAGCUGUUGCACCACCUCUACCCUCUCUCGACCCUCCCCCCACCUCAGCUGUCGUCGGUACACCCCAGCACCAGACUUUGAGGGAGAGAAAACACGCUUUCUUUUCUUCACAUUGUUGAAACUGUGUCGGCUUAUUUUCAUUCACAUCGUGGCUUGAGUCGAGGCAAAACUAAGAUCAGACGUUUUGCCGAUGACAAACUGCUAAAUCCAUCACUCGGACUGCAAAUGACUUUUUUUUUUCUAACUGUGUAUGCCUUCGUUUAUAUAUCUUGCACUGCUCUUUAUUUUUUGUCACCUCUUACUUGCUUUUGUAACCCUAUUUGCACAAUGCUCGUGUGUAUUAUGCUCACAAAUCAGCUUGUUGCUUUCAGUGACCCACGAGUCAGGUUUGUUGCUCUGGAACGUGAGAAGUUGAGGGAAGUAGAGAAAAGCCAUUUGUUUACUGUGUCUGAGGGCUAAACGUAGUUGCCUAAAAACACUAAAAGUAACAUGACAAUGAAAUACAAACUCUUAACCUCAGUAUGUAUGUUUUUGCAAACAGGCAUGGGUCGGUAUGAGAUCCUUAGAGGACAGUUAGUUUGAGUAACAGUACCACAGCUUCACAGUAUUCACAUACAAAUAAAGCAAAAAUCAGUACUAUUAUCUAACUUAUUUCAUUUAAAACAGAAAAGCAUUGUACUUUUCCAACUGCUGCAAAGAAUUUUAAGUUCAUUGUUACAGUUAUAAUCAAGCUAGGGCAACACACAUUAGCGCCUUCAAACUUGUUCUGGUCAUGUCCAUCCAAUAACAUCCCACGACAACAGUGUCUGAUUGGUGGCUGACACUACUGGAUUAAAUACCCAGAGAUCCCUUUAAAACCGUUUCUAUUCAGAAAUGAGCGACAAAGCUCUUUCAAGCCUAGAGUCCGGUGAGCUGUUCUCCCUCUGCACACUUUAGCACAUCGUGCCCCAUGAGUGUUAAAAAGCAUUAUUUGACUAGCAUUAACUAGCAUUCACUCUUCCCUGUACCUGAAAUAUUCAUUUAUCAUUUUGAUUUUAAUACCAAAUUAAUAAAUAUACAUAAGAAACACAAAGUUUUUAAGAGCUUACGGUGCAUAAUACUGAUUAAUUAGUCAGGCUAACUGCUCUGGCAGAGUUUGCAAUCAGUGUCUUAACAGAAAUGCAGCUUGUAGCUUGGCAGUUGUGGUUUUGCAAGUGUUAAGUCUUUUUCAUAAUGGUGAAAUAUUGUCAAACACCAAAAUUUGUCUCACUUUUAACUGAGGGUAAAGUGUAGCAGCCUUCUGUCAACCAGCUAGCUGGUAGUGCUCAGCAUUAGGUGGGGGAGGGACAGAACUGUGUUGAUUUACAGGCCUGGAAACAAAUUAAGAGACGGCCUAAUUUGGCUAUAUUUUCAGUCACAGCUUUCAUACGCCUUGACAUAUUCUCUACUCUACAGUCUUUCAUAUUACUGUAUUUUAUUAACUGUGAUACAUGUAGAAAUGCUGUUUUCAGAGCUCUCUCAAUUUUUUUCCGGGCCACAAAAGUUAGAGAAAACUGGUCACUCUAGCAUCUCAUUGAAAAGAUUCUCGACUUUAGAAGCAGGAAGACAAAAACGGUUUGCUAUUUUGAAGACACAACUUUUUAAAACCAGUAACCAGCCCAUGCCUAAUUGCUACCAAAAUAAAACAGCUGAAUCAUGUGUUAUUUAUCUCCAGGCAGCCAGUGUUGUUGUGUCUGUUUACAUGUCUCCACGCUGAACUCUGUUCCUUGUUUGUGCCGCAGUAAAUCCAGCUGGAGUGGACUGAUUGGGAUAAAUGUUAACACCCGCUGUGGCGCUGCUUAACACGAACAGUUUCAUCACGACCACAUUCAGAGGUGCUGUGUGUAACAGAUGUACUGUAGAGUCGCUCUUUUACAAAAUUCAGGUUCGUCUGUGUUGCUUUUAAGCGCAUCUUCCUAUGACGCGUUCGCAUCUGUUUGCAAAUCAUGGAUGUUUCGUCUUCGGCCCGUGUGACUUUCACCUUCUGCGAUGAAAGUAGUUUGACCUCGGAACAUUUUUGUGACUGGUAGACUGUUGUGGCUUGUUUUGCGUCUGCAGGAACAGCGUAAUGAAGCAGCCGUCUGCUGUGGAAUGCUCACCACAAGGAAGAAGGAAAAAAUGAAUAAAUCUGCAUUUCAUAUUUUCGUUCCUGACUUGAAACGGUUCAUUGUCUUGACAAACAGACUCUUUUAAUAUAUGAUUUUAUAGGAAUGUUGUCACUUAGGAUAUUACUGCUUUGCAAAUAUCUGUGCCUUUCACAGUCUUGGAUUAGAGUUAGCACUAUGCUUAUUAAGGUAUAUCUCCUGUAGCAGGGUAGGAAUGUCAAUUUUACUGUCACUCUCGUGUCCAAAUGCAGUAUCCAGACAUUAUCAAACAACUUGGCACACUUCGAGACAACAGACUUAAAAGGUAGGAUUUCAAAGUGUAACUGUAGAUCAAUUUUAGUUUUGUCGCUUUGUUCUUUUAACAACAGCCAGUUUCGGAAAACAGCUGACGAAGACACAGGUUUGCUGUCUGUCGUCUGCAGGGCAUGUUCUCUAGCCGCGGUGAAAACGGUACCAAACUCCAUAAAGAAUUCCUGCCGUGCUCCGUAGCCCCGAGGUGCAAAGACAACACCUGCGCUGGCUUUUUACAACCACUAUAAAUGCAAUCCAGGAAAGCUGAAAUACACAGAGAACAUUUUUUUUGCUGUUUAAAGCGAGGAAUUUUUUUAUUUUUUUUUUUAAAGCUGUAAACAUCUACGAUUUUGCUGAACACUUACAGACAUUCAUUACUGAUUCUAGUACUGUAGAUUGCUGUGUGUAGGUAAGCUGGCUCCUGUACAGAACAUUGACACGGAGGGAACUACUCACGGCAAACUCUCUUUUUUUUGUCUUAAUAUCUGUGUAAAUAGCACUGUAGAUAGCACUGCGUGGUUGUCCUCAUAUAAACUGUUGUAAUCUGUAAAUAGUAAAAAAAAGAAAAACAGAAAAGAAAAAAAGAACAGUACAAAAGUUGGUUACACAAACUAGAUGUGUCCUUUUUUUUACUGUUUUAUGUUAGGCUCAAACACUACAAAUUAAGAUUUAGGAUACGCUUCUUGUUUUUUUUAAUUAUUAUUUGUUGUCCUUUCAUUUUUUUUUAUGUUGUGCAUCCUGAAACUGUUUUUUGAUACCAUAGCCAUCUGUUUACCAAUCAUCCAGCUGGCAGCAAAACGAAAAAUAAAGACAUUUUGUAUGAUAUGACCUCCUGUAUAUUUAAUUAAAAUAUUUUACUAUCA